AUGACCAUUCGCAUCGGUAUCGUCGGUCUGUCCAAAUCUGGCGGCUGGGCUGGCAAUGGACUUGCGCCUCCUCUCUUCUCCGAGCCGCUCAAGUCUCAGUACACGUUAACGGCGCUCAGCACAUCGUCGGAAUCCUCCGCCACCGCGAGCGCGGAGCACUUCGGCAAGCUCGCGGGUUCUACCAUACACGCGUAUCACGGGUCUACGGAAGCGAUUGCCCAGGAUGAGACGCUAGAUCUCGUCGUCGUUUCAGUCAAACCCCCUUCCCAUCGCGAGACACUUCUCCCGCUACUCGAGAAGGGCCGUAACGUCUACAUCGAGUGGCCUGCUGGCGAUACCAUCGCGGAGACGAAAGAGUUCGUCGCCAAGGCUCAAGAGAAGGGCGUGCGGACGAUAGUUGGGCUACAGGGAUGGCAGACGCCCGCUGUGAAGAGGAUUCGCGAGAUCAUUGCGAGCGGCACGAUUGGAGAUAUCAUCAACGUUACCUGGAUCGCUACCAAGACAUCCCUCCCGCCGCUUUGGACGCCCUUCAUCCAGACGUACGCCGCUUUCCUCGCAGACCCUGAUCAAGGCGCCAACUUCACGAACGUAUGGCUCGGUCACAACCUAUCGUUGAUCACGCGCGCACUUGGGCCGCUGUCGUCGCUCUCCGCGGUGGGGAGCGUCGGUGUGCCCAUUAUUAAGGUCGGCGAAUCUCCGGAAGAUCCCAACGCGAAGGACGUUGAGGCGAAGGUGCCCGAUCAGUACUCCGUGAGCGGCGUUUUCGAAUCCGGCGCGCUCUUCAGCGGCAGCUGGCGGACACUCCCUAUCACCGCUACAAACACUGCACCGGUGCUGCUAUGGUUGAUCGAGGGUUCGAAGGGCCAGCUGCGCGUAGAGGUAGGCGCGGAACAACCGGGCGGCAGUUUCCCGCAAGUGUGGUUGCCUACGGCGUUGUUCGUGAAUGGCGAGAAAAUUGAGCUUCAAGAGGAGAACGAGCAGUUGGGCGGCAACACAGGUAGAGCUUGGGCGGAGUAUGCGCGCGGCGAGGAGGGUCAGUAUGCAACGCUCGAGGAUGCUCUUCUCCUGAGGAAGCACGUUGAGGCGAUCAAGAAGAGCAUGGUCAAGGGAAUCCGCGUCUCGGUCAAUGACAUGUAG